AUGGAUCCCGCCGCUCCGCACCAGCCGCCCUACACCUACACGGCGAAUCAGGGCUAUGAACAGACCGAAGAGAUACCCCGCGAGCUACAGGCCCAACGAGACGAUGGCGCUGCCCUCGAGAACCAGGAUGACGAGAACGAUUUCGACGACAUCUUUGACGACAACGACUUUGACGACAACGACUGGUCUGCUGAUGCGGGUGACUUGACAAAGUCUUACAACAGACAGCGCAACACCAACGAGGGAGCCGCUCUUCGAUCAAACCAGCAAAAGCCUACUGCCAAUACCUUUGCGAGCGUGGACGACCAAGUUUCGGCUCUCUCCAAGCACGCUGCCAAGAUUAGACUCGACUCCGUUAAGCAAGAUGCUAGUGAUUCAAAGGACAAGGACAAGGCCGACCGUGCCACUAGCGACCAGGUUCUUGAUCAGCGCACCCGAAUGAUUCUGCUCCAGAUGAUCAACCGCGGUUUCGUGAGCGAAGUCCACGGUGCCAUCUCCACAGGAAAGGAAGCCAACGUCUAUGGCGCUGUUCUUCUCGACGACAGCACAGGCGAAGCCACCCAGAGGGCGAUCAAGGUCUACAAGACGGCUAUUCUGAGCUUCAAGGACAGAGAGCGUUACAUCACGGGCGAGCACCGUUUCAAGAGUGGCUUCGACAAGGGUAACAACCGCAAGAUGGUUAAACUCUGGGCCGAGAAGGAAUUCCGAAACUUAAGGAGGAUCUACAACUCUGGUAUUCCCUGCCCUGAGCCUAUCAGCCUUAAGCUUCACGUCCUGGUCAUGGGCUUCCUCGGUGACCGCAAGGGCUGGGCGUACCCUCGCCUCCGUGACGCUACCCUGACGGGAGAUGACAUUGAUCAGCAGUGGCACAAGCUUUACAUCCAGCUUCUUGGCAUCAUGCGCAAAAUCUACCAGGUCUGCCGUCUUGUCCACGCCGAUCUGAGCGAGUACAAUAUUCUAUACCACAAGGGGAAGCUGUACAUCAUUGAUGUGUCGCAGAGCGUGGAGCCGGACCACCCCCGCUCGUUGGAGUUCCUCCGUAUGGAUAUCAAGAACGUCGGCGACUUUUUCCGCCGCAAGGGCGUUGAUACGUUGGCCGACCGCGCCAUCUUCAACUUCAUCACUGCUCCCGAGGGCCCCGUGGAGGAGCCCGAGAUGGAAAAGGCCAUCGAUGUUCUUUACGAGAACCGCGCUGAUGUCACAGGCGAGGACAACGCUGCUCAGGAGGAGGUUGACAAUGAAGUUUUCAGAAACCAGUACAUUCCUCAAACAUUAGAGCAGGUCUACGACAUUGAGAAGGAUGCUCAAAGGGUUGGCCAAGGUCAGGGUAACGAUCUUGUCUACAGUAAUCUGCUGCCAGAUCAGGUCAUUGCGCCCAAGAAGACCGAGGGCGAAAAGGGCGAUGAUGACAAAGAGCAAGGUUCCACAUCUGAUUCAGACGAGGGUGCAUCUCUCUCUGAUGACGACUCGCACGAUGAGGCCGACUUUGAGAAGGGCACUCCUCGCGGCCGUCGCUUCGAAGAUAAGGACGAGAAGAAGGCCCACAAGCAAGCCGUCAAGGAAGCCAAGCGUGAGAAGCGCAAGGAAAAGAUGCCUAAACAUCUCAAGAAGAAGAUCGUCGCUACCUCAUCCCGCCGCAAGAAAUAAGCAACCCAAGACAACCUCUACACCUCUUGCCGCGCCUGCGUAAGGGCCCCAACAAGCCAGGCCAUAGCUCCCAAGCUCCCGUAAAAACUUGACGAGCCUCAUCCGGGGAAGCUAUCAACCUUGUGCAACCCUCCCAUCCCGUGUUUCUCUCUUGGCAGAGACACUAAAUGGAGGCAAAAAAUAUACAAGUCGUCAGAGCUCUCUUUGAUCAUUCAGUACGCAACAAGCGUUCAGAUCGCACUAAACCGGGAGGUUACACAGACCCUACUAGAGAAAGGGGAAUGUUAAACCGUCCCGGCCGGAGACUUCUCCGCGGCGACGAAUCAAUGUCUUCAUCAUUUGACUUGCAGCUUUUUUGCGCCCGCGGGAAGGGAAAAUGGUUUGCUGUUUAAGCUUUUGUGUUAAUCCCCUUUGAACGAGAAAGGGUUCGGGGCGUUUGGAUCGCCGUUCUGGUUCCUGCGUCUCGACAUAACGGUGGUCUUGUACCAGGAAUGGGAGUGUUUGGGCUGCAAAGUGGAUUGAACACACCAUAAAAAAAGAGACAGGGAAGAAGAAAAAAAAAGAGAAUAAUGACUCGAAAAUUAUGUUGAAACGUCUGAUGAUUUGUCGUUCAGUUAUUCUUACAUCCAGUAAAAAGUCAAGUGCCAUCCCAAGGGCCU